AUGUAUAGAUAUGGAUCUUGUCCAAGAUAUGGUGAUACAUUCACAACAAACCAAAAAUUCAAGUAUCAUUUAACUGAAAGAAAGCACCCUUGUGCACUUCGAAAUAUAUUACAAGCAACUGUGCCAGUUUCUAGCUCUGAACCCUU